ACUCAACUGAGUUUUUGAAAGUGAUGGGUUGGAGACCUCACUAGUUCACUAUCCACUCUGCUGCCUUCAUUUUUCCCACAUGGAGACACUCAGGCCUGGCCAAGCUUGCAACCCACUGAGGGCUCUCCAGUUCCUCCUGGGUAUGCAAGCUGGUCUUAGGCCUCCCCCUGGGACCCUGGAUUCAGGUCACCUGCUCAUGCCCCUGGCCCUGACGUGCCCUGCCCUGGACCAAUGAGUGUGGCCCUUGCAGGCUGAGCUUCUGAGUGUCAGCGCCUCCCCCCCCCCCAGGCUGGCCUGUGGUUGCAGAGAUGCUCUAACAGGAAGCGGGUUUGAGAAGCUGCACAGCUUCCUGCCCCCCCACCCCCUCCACACCCCUAGGGCUGAGCAGUGUGAGGAAAGCAAGUGCCACUGGGCCACGAGACAGCACCCUGCCAGGGGCCUGGUUGGUGGCUUCCUCUUCCACGGCCACUUCUGUGUGGCCCGGCCCCAGAGGCCAGAGCCCUGCCUUGUGCCCAGGCCGCAUUCUACCUCCCCAGUGGGGACCUGCCCCCCCUUCCCCUUGGGCCCAGGCCAAGACAAGAGGCUGGCUCCCAUGGGGGACAAGUAGGGCAAAGGUCUUGGGGGACAGAGUGGCUGGGCUGGGGUCCAAGGGCUCCAGACAUGAAGUCCCGCCAGAAGGGAAAGAAGAAAGGAAGCUCGAAGGAGCGGGUGUUUGGGUGUGACCUGCAGGAGCACCUACAGCUCUCGGGCCAGGAUGUGCCCCAGGUGCUGAGGAGCUGUGCAGAAUUUGUGGAGGAGUAUGGCGUGGUGGAUGGGAUCUACCGCCUCUCAGGGGUCUCCUCCAACAUUCAGAAGCUCCGGCAGGAGUUUGAGGCAGAGCGGAAGCCAGAACUGCGGAAGGACGUCUACCUGCAGGACAUCCACUGUGUGUCCUCACUGUGUAAGGCCUACUUCAGGGAGCUGCCUGACCCCCUGCUCACCUACCGGCUCUACGACAAGUUUGCUGAGGCAGUGGCUGUACAACUGGAGCCUGAACGCUUGGUCAAAAUCCUGGAGGUGCUUCGAGAGCUCCCUGACCCUAAUUACAGGACCCUGGAGUUCCUCAUGCGACACCUGGUGCACAUGGCUUCAUUCAGCCGCCAGACCAACAUGCAUGCCCGCAACCUAGCCAUUGUGUGGGCACCCAAUCUGCUGAGGUCCAAGGACAUAGAGGCCUCGGGCUUCAAUGGGACAGCAGCCUUCAUGGAGGUGCGGGUGCAGUCCAUCGUGGUGGAGUUCAUCCUCACGCAUGUGGAGCAGCUCUUUGGAGGUGCCUCCCUGCCUGGUGGUGAGAUGGAUGGUGGAUGGCGCUCCCUCCCAGGGGCGCGCAUGUUGGAUGGCUCAGAGGACCACAUGCCCAAGUCCCUGCCCUACCAUCUGCCCAGCAUCCUGCAGGCGGGUGAUGGCCCCCCCCAGAUUCGGCCUUACCACACCAUCAUUGAGAUUACAGAGCAAAAGAGGAAAGGGUCUCUGAAGGUCAGGAAGUGGAGGUCCAUCUUCAACCUGGGGCGCUCAGGCCACGAGACCAAGAGGAAGGUUGUACGGGGAGCUGAGGACCAGGAGGACAAGUCCGGUACAGGGGCGCUGAGGUCUGCCAAGAGCAUGGACUCUCUGAGUGCUGCGGCUGGAGCCAGUGAUGAGCCCGAGGGACCAGUGGGGCCCAGCAGUCUUCAGCUGCCUGAGAGCUCAGAGAAUGAACCUGCAGAAGCUGCUGAGGGGGACCAGGAACCAGAAGUGGAAGGUCCAGGCAGCAGCACCAACUCUGAGCCAGGGACUCCCCGAGCUGGGCGCUCGGCUAUCUGGGCUGGGGGCAGCAGCCGUGCUGAGCGCUGUGCUGGUGUCCACAUCUCAGAUCCCUACAAUGUCAACCUCCCUUCCCACAUCACCUCCAUCCUCAACGUGACCCCCUCCAUCCUCAACACGUCCUCGUCCAUCCUCAGCGUGGCCCCCAACAUCAUCUCCAACGUUGCCCUGACCAGGCUUACCCGGGGUCUAGAGUGCCCGGCCCUGCAGCCCCGGCCCAGCCCUGCCUCUGAACCCGGUCCUGGCUCCAGUCUUGGCCCUGGACCCCCAGCAGAUGAGAAGUUGGAGGCAAGUGCAGCCCCUGGUUCCCUGGCUAGCCCUGGCCUGGACGACUGCCUGUCCCAGGAGGUGCAGGAUUCCUUCUCCUUUCUAGAGGACUCGAGCAGUUCAGAGCCUGAGUGGGUGGGGGCAGAGGACAGGGAGGAGACCAAGGCAGGAGCGACCACAGAUGCCUUCUCCCCUGGGGAAGAUGAACCAGGCAUGGGCUACCUGGACGAGCUCCUGGGAGUUGGGCCACAGGUGGAGGAGUUCUCUGUGGAGCCGCCCCUGGAUGAUCUGUCACUGGAAGAGGCACAAUUUGUUCUGGCACCCAGUUGCUGCUCUCCGGAUACAGCCAGCCCUGGGCUGGACAUGGAGGAGGAGAGUGGGGAAGAAGUGUUUCUGAGUGCCUAUGAUGACCUCAGUCCCCUUGUGGGGCCCAAAACCCUCAGCUGGGAGGGUCCCCAAAGUCUGGAACAGGCCUUGGGGGGCAACACACAAGCUCUAGAACAGAUGGUGCAGGAACAGCCCUGUGAGGAUGGUGGGGGAGACAAGGACCAGGAGGCUCAGCCUGAAACCACAUGGGAGGACUGGAAGGGAGGUGAGGGGGGCCUGGAGAAUGAGGCAAGGGCUGGAGAGCUCUGUGAAGAAGUGGAGGAGGCUGGAGGAAGCCAGGAUCCAAGGAUCAGCAUGGAAGAAGGAAGUGGGGAAGAGGGGAAGGGUGAAGGAAGCCAGUGCAAAAAUCAGCAAGGAGAGGGGAGCAAGCUAGAAGUUGAGAGUGUGGGGAUCCCUGGAAGACAGAAGGACAAAGACCCCGAGAAAGAGAGUGAGCCGGAGAAAAAGGAGGAAGCUGAGAAUGGAGAGCCAACCCAGGCAGAAGGAGCUGAAAGAGACACUGAGCAGGUGGCCCAGGACCCUCAAGAGGCCCAGGAGAUCAGGGAGGUAGUCCACAUGCAGAAGAUGGAGGGAGGCCCAUGGGAUGAAGCCCAAGGUCAAAAGCAAGGACAGGAUGGUGACCAAGAUGCAAGGGGAAAUGAGGAGGCUAGUAGGGAUGCAGGAGCAGCAGGUGGGAGAGAUGAGAAGCUCAGGGAGCAGGAGAGUGGGGACAGAGAGGCUGAGAAGCACCUCAGUCCUGGGGGGGACCCUUUGCAAGUGGGGGUCCUCCCUGCAGGCACCCAUGUAGCACCCCUGGAGGCAGAGGAGUCCACAGAUGGCCACAUCCAGACCUCUGAGCCAGACCACCAAGAGGAGCUGGAGCCUGAGGGGCAGUUGGAUCCUGAGGGCUGCCUGAUGUGUCCCUGUCCCCUGGGCUCCUCCUCAGGUGGUGUGGGCAUGCGCCUGGCUUCUACCCUGGUGCAGGUGCAGCAAGUCCGCUCUGUGCCCGUGGUGCCCCCAAAACCACAGUUUGCCAAGAUGCCAGGCAACAUGUGUAGCAAGAUCCACGUGGCGCCUGCCAAUCCAUCCCCAAGGCCUGGCAGGCUGGAUGGGACUCCUGGGGAGAGGGCAUGGGGGGCCCGGGCUGCCCGCUCCUCCUGGAGGAAUGGAGGCAGUCUUUCCUUUGAUGCUGCUGUGGCACUGGCCCGGGACCGCCAGAGGACUGAGGCACAGGGGGUUCGGCGGACCCAGACCUGUACGGGGGACUACAACCUCACUCCCAAAAUCUCUCCCUGUAGCACAGUCCCUGCCCACUCUCCCCGCCCCCUUAGCUGUCUGGAACUCCUGGCCCAUGGGACAGAAGGAUCUGGACCCAGGAAUCGACUUAGUUUGCCCUCCAGAGAAGUCCAGCCCCCUGACCCCCUCCUGCACUCCCAGCGCCGGUCAUACACAUUUGAAACACAGGCUAAUGCUGCAAGAGGUGAAGGAUUAGAUUAGGACCAGAGCACCCACUAGGCAAAGGGGACAGUAAGGGCACUGGAAUUUCUAGGAUCCCAAAUGAGCUGUAUCUUCUGCAGCUAAAACUGUUCUCAACUCCACAAGUUUUGGUCCUCCCACUUCUCUUUUUGAUUGUGUAAGGCAUGGUCUUGGUUUAUCUGAGCUCAGACACAAAGCACGAAUCCCUUAGGAGGUCCCCAAGAAAUCACCAGUAGCCUAUUUUCAGGGAUGGGGUGGGGGUUGGGGUGAGCUUCCUUAGCCAAAAGGAACAAAGAAAAAGGAGGCAGAAAAAUUAGGGGCUUCUCAAAGUCUGGAACGUGGAAGGGGAACUCCAUCCCAGUGCUUGUCCUUCUCUGAGGCUGUGAAUUCCUUUUCAUGCAAACACUUGCGGAGGUUGGGGGUGGGUGGGAAGCAGGUCCACGUCAGACCUAAUCAUCAACACUUGUAGAGGGUCUAUCGUUAUUCUAUUCCCAGACCCUAGGAUGCCUCCUGACUUCUUAGCUCCAGAUUAAGAGGGGUUCAGACAGGAAGCUCUUGAAAGCUUCUAUGUUUGUUGGAGGCUUUGAUCUCCAUGUUUCCCCACCCUCGUUUCCAGCCACCUCAAGAAAGUCCUGCACACAUUUCUCUGGCCUCUCCUUAUCUCCUCAGAGUAAUAUCCUUCUUUCUCAGAGAAGGGGAAUGGUGUCACUCACCCUGUGUCUGCCCUUCCAGACAGGCCGGUAUCCUGGGCUCCUGAUCUAGGGAUGGGUGACAUCUCCAAAUUAAAGUUGUAUUUUUUACA